AUGGCAGUACCACACGGACAGCUGACCGACUGCUUCACUAUGGCUCGCUGGAAAGGAAUGAGCGUUGUUUCAAAAGCUCUUGUCUCCCUUCUAUUGCUCUGCAGAAUCGUCGUGUCCCAAGCUUUCCUCUGCGGUCCUGCCGGAUGGAGCCAGCAUGUUCAGGCUUCAAGGUACCACGGGGUCGGUGGAAAAGGAUCGCCCGCGAGCAGCCGAAAUCGUGAGCGACAUCGCACGACAACUGAAGCGACUCAGCUGCGGGCAUCGGCGGCGGCGUCGCCUGCGGGGGAGCCACAACAGCAACGCGCGGAGACGUCUCUCGGCAUGCUGGAUGCGGCGAUUGCCAUCCCGGCAGCAAUCCCGGCGCCCAACGAACACCGGGAGAUUGACGGCAGCAGCGGGGGUGGCGUGGGAGGGGUGAAAGGGAGGAAGAAGCCCAAGUCACUUCGCGGUGUUUUCCGCCGUGCCUUUUCCAAGGCCUUGUCGUACUUGACCAUCAUGACCACGUGGAUCGUCUUCCGCUUCUUGCUCAAGGGACUCAAUAAGGUGGAGUGCCACAACAGGCAGGCGUUGCUGGAUGCCGUGCUCGACCGGGGGGACAGGGGACUGCUGACAGUGAGCAAUCACAUGUGCGUGUACGACGACCCAGGGCUGUGGUCGGCUCUUAUACCAUUCUGGAGGACGGGGAGGAGAAGAAUGCGGUGGGCGUUGUGCACGGACGACAUCUACUACGCUCACCCUGUCCUCAAGAACAUCUUCGAAGCCGGAAGGACGUUGCCCAUCAAGCGUACCCGGGGGAUGGAACAGCCGCUUUUCAAGGCGUUCUUCCAAAAGCUGGAGGGAGGGGAAUGGGGACACAUCUUCGCUGAAGGAGCAAUACGCCAGCCCUGGAGGUUCAGCAGGGACGAACCUAUCCUGGCGGACUUCAAGGCUGGGAUAGGCCGGCUUCUGCUAAGGAGCGAGGGAGAACGGUUCGAGUUUACGUCGGAGAACCCAUUGACGUCGCCCCAAUCAUCGAGAAAUGCCGGGGAGCACGUGCUCAAGCUAGAGGCGGUGGCCAGGAAAGACUACUACGGAGACGACCCGGACGCGUCUCCGUACUGCACCGCACAGAAGUAGAACCGCGUUCCCUUUCGGGU